CACACACGCAGUGAGGAUGGUACUGGCGGGCCAACCUUACCUUAUACUCCAGCAACUCAUACGACAUCUCAUACACCCGGAAGCUCAGCUUCGAGCCCAGACCGCCCUCCUGUGCUGCUCGAAAUUAGGAACUAUGCCUGGCCGUGACGCUGGAAAGGCUAAGCCUCUGAAGGCGCCUAAGAAGGCGGACAAGGACUACGACGACAGCGACCUGGAGUUCCUGGCCAAGAAGAAGGCUGAGGAGGCUGCCCUGAAGGAGCUGCGUGCCAAGGCGGCUAAGGGUGCCAUUGGCGGCACUGGCCUCAAGAAGUCGGGCAAGUAAGCCGGCCAGUCGCCGGAAACUGAUCGGCACUAACGGAGCGGUAGUUGAGGCUGGCUUGUGAAAUACCGGAGCUGCACAAGGGACUGACGCAAGUGCAAUCGCCAUGAGCAGCCAGAGCGGCACGCACAGCGCACAUGACGGCGGCGGCCGCACCAAAGCAGUGAACGGUAGCGCGGCGCCGGGCACGUCUGACUCUGUGCCACAGGACUGCCUUGGCUGCCGUGUGGCGGGCUGCUUGUUUGGUGUGGGUGGGGCGGGGUACCUGGGCACGGUGCUGCUUCAGGAGCCACCACCUCGCGGUGCGCAUAGAUACGCCUUGAUUGUUACAGCCGGCACCAUGUUUGCGUUCGGCAUGUAUCGCGCGUUCGGUUGAAGGUUAUAUCCUUGCGAUCAAUCAUGGGAUGAAGGAGCUGUGUGUGUGCUGCCCGCAUCCGUGAAGCGUAUGACGUGAAGUUUAGCUUUGACCCAAAGUCAUGGAGACACAUGACGCGGUGAUGAAUUGUGUGCUGGUUGCGGUGGUGUAAGAUACAAGGUGGACAAAAGCGUCUUGUGCUGGUUUCGGGUGGCACGCGGCACGUGGACUACCCUGCUGUGUGCAAGUUGAGAAAGAACCAGUUCCGCAGCUCAACCAACCUCCGCCAGUUCCAUCCUCAAUGCUCCAUCGUAAAUUUGCUCAACUAGCUCGUUGCGUGUGAGCAAUUCAUUGCACCGCGGCCCAGUCUUCCGUCAUCAGUUCGACAACUGGUCCCGGCGUGCAGUUCCAGGUGGUAAGGCCAAUGAGUGGCCUCAGUGCCAAGCGCACAUGCAUCGCCACACUCCUUACUAGUUCUGCAGCACGACUGUUCUGUAGCAAUCGUUCCAUGGGCCAUACGGUACAAGUCCAAACAGCCCCCCAGCGCUGUCAAGCGCUCCACAUUCCCAGCACUUGUGUGCCAAGCCCCCCACACCCAAUCUCAACCCCAAGUGGACACAGGGCUCCUAUCUUAAUGUCUCCAGACAUUAAUCGGCCAUUUUGGCCGUUUCCUAGACAUUCCUCCCGGGGGCUAAUGUCUGGGGUGAGACUUUGUUGACCCGGGUUUGGGGCGGGUUUUGUCCGAAUUCCUAUGGAGAAGCCCCCAAACCGCCUGUGCCCAGACAAAAGACGGCGGCCAUCCG